CGCAGCGCGCAGAGCUCAGAUCCACACCGCUCCUGCGCUCCGCCGCACUCAGAGAGUCUGCCGGGAGAAGAGACGCGAUGGACCGGAGAUAGCAGACCGCCACCGGGACUUUACUUAAGCAGACCCGAGGAAACCGAAGCCAUCGCACAGGUAGCGACUGAGUCGGGGAUGAGCGCGGUCCGAUGAACCUCUUCGGUCUCGCCAUCGGCGGCCUCUGCCCGGCGUGGGCGUCCAUGACGGUCUCCGCCUCCGACCCGCGCUUCCACCUGCGCUGGCGCGCCAUCGCGCUGCUGGCGCUGCUGUCCCUCGCCCUCCUCGUCUACCUGCACCGGCCCCCCCACAGCGGGGACCACGGCGGACGCGCCCACAGUUACCAUGGCAGCAAGCCGCACCGCCGCGAGGGGGAGGGGGUCGGCGACCGCCACGCCCCCGGCGCCGCGGCGCCGUACAACGCCACGUACCCGCUGAGCCCGCCGCAGAGGACGGGGGCGGGCGUGCGGUACCGCAUCGCCGUGAUCGCGGACCUGGACACGGCCUCGCGCAGCACCAAGGAGCAGACCUGGUUCAGCUACAUGAGGAGGGGCCACCUGACCGUGGGGGGGGGCGGGGAGCGGCUGGAGGUGGAGUGGGACGAGGAGCAGGUGACGCUGGAGAGCCACCUGGCGGAGAAGGGCCGAGGCAUGGAGCUGUCGGAGCUGGUGGUGUUCAACGGCCACCUGUACAGCGUGGACGACCGCACCGGGGUGGUGUACCGCAUCGAGGGCAACCGGGCCGUCCCCUGGGUCAUCCUCCCGGACGGGGACGGACUUGUGUCCAAAGGGUUCAAGGCGGAGUGGCUGGCGGUGAAGGACCAGCGGCUGUACGUGGGCGGCCUGGGGAAGGAGUGGACCACCGCCGCGGGCCAGGUGCUGAACGACCACCCCGAGUGGGUGAAGGUGGUGGGCCACCGGGGGGACGUGCAGCACCAGAGCUGGGUGUCCCGCUACAACGCCCUGCGGAGCGCCGCCGGGAUCCAGCCCCCAGGCUACCUGAUCCACGAGGCGGCGGUGUGGAGUGAGCGUCUGCGGCGCUGGUUCUUCCUCCCGCGGCGGGCGAGCCACGAGCGCUACGACGAGGCGGCGGACGAGCGCCGCGCCACCAACCUGCUGCUCUCCUGCGGCCCCGACUUCAGGGGCCCGGAGGCCCGGCGCGUGGGGCCCCUCAGCCUCACGCGCGGCUUCUCCUCCUUCCGGUUCGUCCCGGACACCGAGGACCGCGUGGUGGUGGCGCUGAAGUCGGAGGAGGUGGCCGGCGCCAUCGCCACCUACAUCACGGCCUUCACGCUGGACGGCCGCGUGCUGCUGGCUGAGACCAAGAUGGGCGACGUCAAGUACGAGGGCCUGGAGUUCAUCUAGGGUGUGUGUGUGUGUGUGUGUGUGUGUGUGUGUGUGUGUGUGUGUGUGUGUGUGUGUGUGUGUGUGUGUGUGUGUGUGUGUGUGUGUGUGUGUGUGUGUGUGUGUGUGUGUGUGUGUGUGUGUGGAGGGAUAGGUGGUCCGAUAUUUCAAGAGACUGGUUAACGGGGGGAAUCGUUUCCAUGUAGCAAACUCCUGCCCAGCGACUCAGGUGACAGUAGGGGGACAGACAGG